GGAUUUUUCUCUCUUGCAGAUUGUGGAGGCUGUGGUUCAGAAAUAAAAAAUGGGCAGUCAUUGGUUGCCUUGGACAAACACUGGCAUUUGGGCUGUUUUAAGUGCAAUGCAUGUGGCAAGCUACUGAACGCAGAGUACAUCAGCAAGGAUGGCAUUCCAUAUUGCGAAACGGACUAUCAUGCAAAGUUUGGUAUCAGAUGUGACAAUUGUGAAAAAUAUAUUACGGGCAGAGUGCUUGAGGCAGGAGAAAAACAUUAUCAUCCUACCUGUGCACGAUGUGUCAGGUGCAGUCAGAUGUUUGCAGAAGGAGAAGAAAUGUAUCUUCAAGGUACAUCCAUCUGGCAUCCAGCUUGUAGACAGGCUGCCAAGACUGAAGAAAAAAACAAGGAAACAAGGACUUCCUCUGAGAGUAUAAUUUCGGUACCUGCUUCGAGUACAUCGGGUUCCCCAAGCCGUGUGAUCUAUGCAAAGCUUGGAGAUGAAAUUCUUGACUACAGGGAUUUGGCUGCUCUUCCUAAAAAUAAAGCCAUCUAUAACAUUGACCGCCCAGAUAUGAUCUCCUAUUCUCCAUAUAUCAGUUACUCUUCAGAUGACAGGCAUAGUUACGGGGAGGGUGACCAAGAUGACAGAUCCUUCAAACAGUACAGGACAUCAAGUCCUAGCUCUGCUGGCUCACUGGGUUAUGGUCGCUACACUCCAACAUCCCAUUCUCCUCAGCAUUAUAGUAGGCCAGCUGGUACUCAGAGUCUUGGUACCAGUAGCUGCAUCUCCCUGCCCCAACACCCAAGCCCUACAUCUACAUUCAGACAUCAUUACAUCCCUUUCUUCAAAGGCAGUGAAAGUGGUCGGAGCACUCCAAGCUUAUCCAUGUACUCAGACAGCAAAUCUUCACCUUCUGUCUAUCAGCAGGCUCCUAGGCAUUUCCAUAUUCCAGACACUGGCGUAAAAGAUAACAUCUAUAGGAAACCUCCUAUCUACAAACAGCAUGCACUAAGAAGAUCAGAAGGGGAGGAUGGAAGUCUGGAUCAGGACAACAAGAAGCUGAAGACCAGUUGGCUUAUUCUGAAGGGGGAUAUGGACACCAGAACUAAUUCCCCAGAUUCAGAUACCCGAUCCCUGUCUCUUACUCCUGGAACUGACAGAGAAAACUUCCAGAGAGCACAGGAGGGCACUGCCAUGUACUCCCGAUUUCCAUAUUCUAAAUCUACUUCUCUACCUGGCUAUGGAAGGAAUGGCUUGCAUCAGCCUGAACAUAUGGGCCAAUAUGAAACAGACCAGGAGGCGAGCUGGGGGAUGAAAGAAUACAAGGUAAGAAGGGCUUUUCCAACACUGGAAGAACAAUCAGAUUCAGCACUUCCUAGCAAGAUUUAUCCUUAUGAGACACUUAUUGUAACAAAUCGAGUUCGUGUGAAAUUGCCCAAGGAUGUGGACAGGACCAGACUGGAGAGACAUUUGUCCCCUGAGGAGUUCCAGGAAGUCUUCAAAAUGAGCAUUGAGGAGUUUGAUCGCCUGGCACUUUGGAAGCGGAAUGACCUGAAGAAAAAGGCCCUGCUUUUCUAGUCCCUCAUGGAUAAAAUAUGUGCUUAUUCAAAACAGAAAUAGUCUUGCCAGAACUAUCACAUGCACUUGCUGUUGAACCAUUGUCCAGCUUCAUUGUGUUAGUAUGUGUCAGAGGAAA